AUGGAUGGCCAGGCUGCCACGAACCAGCCAGUCCCGCCUCAACAGCAACCUUCCUUGAUCCGUACGGACCAAGUGGCCAAACUCCCUCAUUUAAACGAUGCCCAGAAAUCCCAACACACACAGCUCGUCCGGGGCUUGUGGGAUAUUCUCAAUUCGCGCGAUCCGUCCACCGAUGAAUACCGAAAUGCGCAAAUGAGGCUUAUGCAAAUAUCGCAGAACCUCAUGAAGGGAAUGCAACUAUUCAGGAAUAAGAUUCAGCAGCAGCAGCAGCAGCAGCAGGCUCAAGCACAAGCCCAAGCUCAAGCUCAAGCUCAAGCCCAAGCCCAGGCACAGGCACAGGCACAGGCACAGGCACAGGCACAGGCACAGCAACAGGCUCAGCAGGCUCAACUACAAACAGGACAACAGCAGCAACAACAAGCUCAGGCACAACCCGCUCAAAACCCACAAGCUGCUCAGUCGACUGGUAACAUCACGGCGUUUAGUCAACUCCUUCCAGCGAUCCAAGCCAAGGUCAAUAGCGUGCAGUUUCAGUUGCCUCCCAACGGAACCAGAGAACAGACUGCCAACUGGUUGAAUGAAGCAAAGCUUAGAUAUGGGAUGGCGCUGCAGAAACAGGAAAUCGGGCGUCAACGAAGUCUGGAAGUGCGACAACAAGUUCAAGCACGUCAAAGUGCUGGGGGUGCUGGGUCGAUAAGCACAGAAGAGAUGCAAGCAUUCAGAACUCGACAACUUCAAGCAGAGAAGUUGUUUCGCGAAGGUCAAGAAUUUCUUAGAAAAUUCUCAGAACAACAAGAAGGAUUCAGAGCUGCCAGAGCUGCUGGUACAGCACAACAAGGCGGCGCGCAGCCAGUACCGCAAGCUCCAAAUCAACCAGCGACCUCGACGGCAACUCCCGUGAGUACAGCUACACCAGGGCAUCCUGCACAACAAGCACCGGCACCUCAUACUAUAAAUUCUGCUGUAAAUGCUGCUCGGGUUCAGGCUCAACAACCCAGUGUACCAGCAUUGACACAAGCAGGCCAAGUUCAGGCAACCGCUGCUCCUCAAGCACAAAUCGCAACGCCCACCACAGCAGCCACUCCAGUAACAACACAACCAGCAGGACAACCAGUUCAAGCCACAGCUCAAACAGACGCAGCCACGAUGGCACAGAAUCAAGCAGCUAACGCCCAGGGCCAUCCACGCCCGCUGUCGCACGAGGCAGCUAUUUCUCAAGCAGCAAAAUCCUACCAGGGCAAUCAACAACAACAAUCUAAUCAACAAACCCAACAGGCAGGCACCCCGCAGUCAGCAGCAACUACCCACGCACAUCCUCCUGGCUACAUUCAGAAUCGUUCAACUGAAAACACCACUCGCAACCACAACAUGGCUAUCCCCAAGAACUUGAACGUGCAGACUCCUGAGCCUGUUGCAAUGGGCACUCCUCGUCCUACUCUUUCUGGAGGUCCCAGUCACGGCGCGAUGGGUGUCAUGGGCCAACCCGCCAUUCAGAAACAUCCUGGCUACGUUCUCGAGGGCGAAGGUCAACGGGUCUUGAGCAAGAAGAUGCUCGACAUUUUGGUCCGUCAAGUGACUGGUGGAGGUGAAGGCGAAGGUCUCACUCCUGACGCUGAAGAGUUCAUCCUCCAAAUGGCAGACGACUUCGUCGACGACGUCAUCACAGCAGCCUGUCGUCUCGCCAAAUUGCGUCCAUCAUCCACCCUCGAAAUCCGCGACAUCCAGCUCGUCCUAGAGCGUAACUACAACAUGCGCAUCUCUGGGUUUGCCACUGACGACUUGCGUACCGUCAAGAAGCCGCAGCCUGCUCAGGGUUGGACUCAGAAGAUGUCUGCCGUCCAAGCUGCCAAGGUUACUCAGGGGAAGGCUGAAUAGUCUUUCUACAAUUUCCUUUCUUUAUUCAAUUCAAAUGAGGAGCGACGGCGUACGGCAACGGUUUAAUUUUUAGCUUUCUUCUCGUCUAGAGCAUGAUACUCAGGAAAGAAUGGUUGGGUAGUCGACGGUGCUUGGAAGGAAAGGAGUUUUGAUCAGGUUUUGCUUUCCUAUGAUACUAUCAAGUACCUUAGAUAGGUCUCUUGAAUGAUACAGUAAUAUGGCCAUACCUGUCUUCUUCCCUAAGAAAAAGGUAUAUACAUUACCUCCCCUCAUUAGAACCAGACUUCCUAUCCCCUUCUUUCUUCGUCUCAUCCUUAUCAUCGUCCGAGACAGAACCAGAACCAAACCUCCAAAUCCAAUCCUUGCCUUUCCUACCCCGUUCAUUCAACCACGCUGCAUCCUCCUCUUCGAUAAGAACUCUAUCACUUCCUCUCCCUGGUGUUCCACCGGAUGACCCGC